GAUCAAGCGUCCCCCGGAAACCCGAGAGAUGGCUGCGACCCGGCCGGCGCUGUGCCUCUUCGAUGUGGACGGGACCCUGACGGCCCCGCGGCAGGUAGGCAGUGCUCGGCACACCGGUGGCUGCAAGUGCGGCGCCCUGCUGCUCGCAGAAGGAGCUCCCGACCACCUGGGAUGGGCGCCAAGGGGCGACUAAGGACCGUCUCCCCCUGCCGUGGGCUCAGUCCUCAUCUUAGAGAAUUGAGACUGAAGAUCCAACCAGCUCUUUGUGACCUCGGGAUACUCAGAGACAUAAGAAAAUUACCAAAGAAAUGGAUGACUUCCUACAAAAGUUGAAGCAGAAGACCAAAAUUGGAGUGGUAGGCGGGUCGGACUUUGAGAAAGUGCAGGAACAGCUGGGCGCUGAUGUGGUAGAGAAAUAUAACUAUGUGUUUCCGGAAAAUGGCUUGGUAGCAUACAAAGAUGGGAAACUCUUAUGUAAACAGAGUAUUCAAGGUCACCUGGGUGAGGCCCUAAUUCAAGAUUUAAUCAACUACUGUCUAAGCUACAUUGCAAAAAUUAAACUCCCAAAGAAAAGGGGUACUUUCAUUGAAUUCCGAAAUGGGAUGCUGAAUGUGUCCCCUAUUGGAAGAAGCUGCAGCCAAGAAGAACGCAUUGAAUUCUAUGAACUCGAUAAAAAGGAAAACAUAAGACAGAAGUUCGUCGCGGAUCUGCAGAAGGAGUUUGCAGGAAAAGGCCUCACCUUUUCCAUAGGAGGCCAAAUCAGCUUUGACGUGUUCCCUGACGGAUGGGACAAGAGAUACUGCCUGAGACAUGUGGAGAGUGACGGUUAUAAGACCAUUUACUUCUUUGGAGACAAAACUAUGCCGGGUGGCAAUGACUACGAGAUCUUCACAGACCCUCGAACCGUGGGCUACACCGUGACAGCGCCCGAGGAUACACGCAGGAUUUGUGAAAAGCUCUUCUCGUAAUACAGAAGAGGAGGGGUCGUGGCCAACAUGCCGGAAAGGUCACUGGGGGGCAGAGCCAUGGCCCUGACGUACGUGCAUGCUACAUGCACCACCACCCCCAGCCUGGCCCUCUGCACUGUCCAGUCACGCACAGGCCAGGCAGCAGCCUCUGGGACAGGAGGUCACCCCACACCCCACUGGCACAUUCCUCUACCUCCACUGCCAGAGCAGCCAGGAGGGAGGAGAAAGACUCCAGAAUGCUCUGGGCUGGAGGAGUAACUCUAUGGUGCAGGAUGCCUGGAUUCUACAAAAAAAAAAAGCAAUAGGGAGGCUGAGGCACAAGGGUUGCUGUAAGUUGAAGGGGUCAACCUCAGCUACAAAGUGAGUUCAAGGCCACCCUGAACUGCAUAGUAAAACCCUGUCUCAAAAAAAAAAAAACCUCGCAGGAACAGCAACAAAAGACCUUGUCCUCUAGCCCCCAGUGUGGGAUCCACCUGAUGCCUGCACUCAGAUUACACGUGGCUUGUUUUGAAACUGCCCAGUCAUUCUAGAACGAUACAGAACAAAUGUGCCUGGGCCUCCCUGUGGGUCUUGUGAAAAUUUAACAGCUGUUAAUGUCCAGAGCUCUGCGUUGUCAGCACCAAAAGGGAGUUGGAUGUUGAGAAAGAGGAGGGGCCAUCUGCAGUGACCACCCACCCCCAGGUAGAAGGCGCCAGCCCACCCCUACCCCAACUCUGAAUGGAGGCUGGGAUCCUGAGCACAGUGUGACAUUAGGCCAAGUGACUGCACACACUGUUUUCCAGCUACUUCCUGUUUCAUGAGCCACAGACCUCAGCAUGGCCUGCCAGACCGGCGGCUGGCCAAGUGACCACUGACCCCAUGGAGUUUGCACCUUGGCUGUCCUGGAGCUUACGGCAGCUCCCUAGCCAUAGUGAACAGUUGGUUCCUUCCCUGUAGGCACCGGUCCUAGAAGGCAGAGGACCCAUCAGCCCUUUCCGUGUGGGCUGGAUGCUGCCUGGGUUUGCAGCAGCUCAGUUUGCAAGGUUAGGUGUCACCAGGGCCACCCUGUCCAGGUGGGACCUGGCUCCUCAGGCAACGGUUACAGGAGCAGCGCCUGCACACUGGGGUGUCUGCUGCUGCCCAGGUCCUAGUCCAGACCUUGGCCUGAGGGGUGGGAGCUACCACUGCCCUCCACCUCCCCUCUGCCUUUUUCAGGGACCUGGCUGGGAGAUUCCCAAGAACGGUUCCGGAGCCACUUUGCAGUAACUGGAAACACUGGGACUCACAGUCCCUCCAGGCAGGUUGAUGCUGGGGCCCAGGGGCCACCAGGUUCUCCCCAUAGGUAUGGCUGCCGCCAGCUCCUGCCGCCCAGCUGCUGGGGCUCAGCAUCAGUGAGGUGAAAGCCCGCAGUAACCCACACCUGCCCCUCACCCCUCUCCCACACCGGUGGGUGUCUCAGGGUUUUUUUUUCUCUCUCUCCCGGGUUUCUAAGACCUGGCCGCCCUGCGGCCUGGCUGAGUUUUGCAAAUGGUACUGUAACAGAUGAAGCGCAGCACAGUAAAGCAACUUCGCCCUUCA